AUGUCCGGUCCUGCGUCGACGUCCAUCCCUGCACACACCACCAACGGCGAGGCCCACGCGCCGAACGACCCCGCCGCCCAUCGCGCCUCCCCAGACCCCAAGCCCGUCCCGAUAAACCGCAAGAAGCAAAAGCGUAGACAGAAGCAGGCUGCUCGCUUGGCCGCGGAACGUCAGCUCGGAAAUGGGCAUGUCCCCGCGGACCUCCUCGACGACGACGGAACCAGUCCCACGGGGCCGGGGAGUCAUGCGUCCGAUGAUCGUGAUGUCGACGAGGUCGCUUCGAACGCCGACAUGUACUACGAAGAAAUCCACGACGUGACUGAUCUGCCGGGUCUGGCCAACGGGCAAGGCGGCCUCCCGGGUCGGAAGUCGAAAAAGAAGAAGGGCAAGAAGAGUCGCACGGGUUCGCAAACUAUGGGCGAUGAAAGUUCCACGCCGUUGUCGACUCCCUCCGUCUCCAUGUCGCAUCCUCUUCCCCCGCCUCUCCCCCCGCACCUGGGCGCCCACGCGCUUCUGAAGUCGAGUAAGGACCGCAGCAUCUGGAACACCUCCACGCAAGAGGAGCGAGAGAACAUCAAGACGUUCUGGCUCGAACUCGGCGAGGAGGAGCGCCGGCAGCUCGUCAAGGUCGAAAAGGACGCGGUCCUGAAAAAGAUGAAAGAGCAGCAGAAGCACUCGUGCAGCUGUACCGUGUGUGGGAGGAAGAGGACGGCCAUCGAGGAGGAACUGGAAGUGCUCUACGACGCAUACUACGAGGAGCUGGAGCAGUACGCCAAUAACAACCAAGGCUCGUUCGAGAAAGGCCCGCCCAUGGUCCCGCCCCCGCGUCUCUACCAACCGCCCCUACGAUCGCCCGGUCAACAUACGCGCACGCAAGGCCAGUUCCAUCCCUCCCGAGGCCGGAUCCACGAAUUACCCGAGGAUGACGAGGAUCUGGAGGAGGACUACGACGAGGACGACGAGGACGACGAACCGUACAGUGACGACGAAUACGAAGACGAGGAGACCCGUGCAGCUCGCGCAGAUUUCUUCGCCUUUGGGAACAGUCUAACUGUCAAAGAUGGGAUUCUUACGGUUGCGGACGAUCUCUUGAAGAACGACGGGAAACAUUUCAUCGACAUGAUGGAGCAAUUGGCCGAGCGUCGGAUGCAGCGUGAAGAGGAUACGCAGUACGGCAUCGCUGCCGCGCAUCAAACUCUCCAUGGCGGUCACAACCACGGCCCUCUCGACGACGACGACUACGACGACGAGGAGGACGAGGACUACGAUAGUCAAGAGGACGAAGACUACGAGGAAGAUGAAAUGGUCAGCUCCGGGAACUGGCCGGGUGGUGGUGAUGCCGUGCAAGCUGACACGUUUCUGCAGGACGCCAUGACGGAAGAGCAACGCAUGGAGGAAGGCCGGCGAAUGUUCCAAAUAUUCGCCGCCCGCAUGUUCGAGCAGCGCGUCUUGACAGCCUAUCGAGAAAAGGUCGCCGAGCAACGCCAGCAGAAGCUGAUCGAGGAGCUCAUGGAGGAGCAGACCCGGAACGAGCAACGGGAAGCCAAGAAGGCGCGCGAGGCCCAGAAGCGAAAGGACAAGAAGAAGCUGCAGAAGCAGGCCAAGGAGGAGGAGAAGGCGCGACGAGAGGCGGAGAAGGCCGCGGAGGAGGCUGCUGCCAAAGCCGAACAGGAGAAGAAGCUCGAGGAGCAGAAGCAGAAGCGGGAGGAACAGAGAAAGAAGCGCGAGGCCGAGCGGCGAGCCCAGGAAGCCGAGCGCGCGCGCAAGGAGGCCGACAAGCAGAAGCGGCUGCGGGAGGAGCGCGAGCGACAGCUGGAGGCCGAGAGGAAACAGCGCGAGCAGAAGGAUCUGGAGAAGAAGCGACGCGAUGAGAUCCGGCAGAAGGAACGGGACGAGCGCGACCUGCGAGAGAAGCGGGCCAAGGAGGACCGCGAGCGCAAGGUGCGGGACGAGCAGACCAGGCGAGACCGCGAGGCCGCAACCAAGACCGAGCACGAGGGCCAGGAGAGGCGCGAUCCCCACGCCAAACGAGUCUCGCAUCCCGGCCCUAACCUGCACCCCUCCAGUCUCUUCCAGUCGCCUCACUUCCACAUCGCCACCCCCAUCGUCCCCAAGGCUCCCACCCCGGCCCGCCCCCGACAGCCCUCGCAGCAGGGCUCCCACUCGUCCUCCCCGCGCUCCCAGCCGGCGAGCACCGAGCCGUCGCAGGUCUCGAUCUCUCCGCGAUCGAUGGGCCCGUCGCAGUCGUCCGGGGCUUCGAGCGUGACCUCCAAGCAGGGCCACGCGCAGCCACCGCUGCUGCACCACCCCCAGCCGUCGACUCCCUUGUCUCCUCUGGGCGCGCUCGGUAGAUCUCACCCGCCUGGGUUCUCGCCGUCCAACCCCCCGGGGCUGGGCCUAGUCUCGCGCCCGCCAAUCGGUCAUGAGUUGCCCUCGUACCCACCGCACUCGGGGCCUCUGAUGAACCAGCUGCGCGGGUUCCCUGCUCCGAAUGGCCUUCCCGGGCUCCCAAGCAUGAAUGGAACUCGUCCGAUCCCACCGGGACGGGGCUUUCCCCUCGACCCGGGACACGGUCUCCCGUUCCACAGCCAGCAGCCCAUGGCCAGUGCAUUCUCCGCACAGCCAAGCGGACUGUCGCAUGCUCACUCCAGGCAUCCAUCCAGCUCCUUCGAGCGGUCACCGCUGGAGACGCAUGCGUUCCCGAUCUCUCGCCCCAGCCCGAUCAAGCGUCCGUCAAGCACCCACCAAGACCAGAAUAACCGCCCUUCGCAGCGUGAUGUGGACCACCUGAGUACGCAACUGGGUAGCAGUGCUCUCUUGGAUGACACCGAUGUUCCCUUUACGUCUCAUCUGUCCCAGUCACUCCCUGGCGCUACCGCUCCGGGCUUUCCCGGGCCGACACGCGCCAGCUUUGGCGGGACAUCCCUGUUCCCAGAUCCCCUCACAUCCAAGCAUGGUAGUUUCCCCAUCGGUCCCGGUAACAGCACAUGGAGUGCGCAAAUUCCGUUUGGCACAUCACCCUUUCCUGGGACAACGACAUGGGGAACCGGACCUGGGAGCGGUUGGUCGACGAAUGCGUUCGCGCCUGGAGGCCACCACCGAGCUCACACCUCUCGCCCUGUGACAAUACGACUACUCGUGAUCCAAGCUUGCAAGCAACUCAACGCGAUGAGUCCCUCCAAGGGAGGCGGCGGCUACCACGACGUAAACGUUGUCCUCCGUCAGGUGGACCAGCUCCGACCCCCCGGCGAGCCCUCGAUCUCUCUCAAGGAAUUGCUGGUGAUCUGCGAUACGGAGGGCAACACGCAGAACGGAGGCGGGACGUUCUCGAUCAGGAGCGACGAGACGGGCGAAUUCGUCAAGUUCGAGCCAGACACCAACAGUGCGUCCUCAGGGCACAGAGGCAGCAUUGUGCCUGGUGAAAUCGGCAGUCCCGUCCCCAGCAGCAGUCUUCCGGCGUUUGGCGGCAUCGGCACAUCGACUCCCUCGGUGCUACGGCAGUUUUCUUCUCCACCCACAGGUUUCUAGGCGUCCUCCGGCUUUUUGUUUUUGUUGUUUUCUUGUUUUCCCUCUCAGCCAUCCAUAUCCAUGGUGGUGAGAGUGCGCUGGGCUCAUGAUGACAUACUCAUACUCCUUUUGCUCUUUGCUCUUCUUGUCUACUUUCUCUUCCUUCCUCCACCUGGGAACACACACACACGCCUUCUCCGUCUCCUCCCAUCUCGCUCUCCUCGCUCUCCUCCCCUCCUCCCCUUUCCUCCCUCUUCCAACCUCUCUCCCCUUCACCUCUCAUCUCUUAUACAUACUCAACCCCUCUCCUCCAUACCUACAUACAUAGGCCGUGUGUUCCCUCUCUAUCUCUCUCUCUCUCCCCCCCUCCCUAACUCAAUGAAUGGCUUCUUCUUUUCAAGUUCCCAUUUUCUCUUCUCGCUUCACAUUACCGGGCAUCAAUCAUGUCAUCAUGUACGUUAUAUUGUCUGCUUAUUUUUGCUUGCACUCACCUCACUCACCCCAC